UUUUGAACUCAAAUGGGUGAUGAAAAGGAUUCUUGGAAAGUGAAAACUUUAGAUGAAAUUCUUCAGGAAAAAAAGCGCAGGAAGGAGCAAGAAGAGAAGGCAGAGAUAAAGCGUAUUAAAAAUUCAGAUGAUCGGGAUUCAAAGCGGGAUUCCCUUGAGGAGGGGGAGCUAAGAGAUCACCGCAUGGAAAUAACAAUCAGAAACUCACCUUACAGAAGGGAAGACUCUAUGGAAGACAGAGGAGAAGAAGAUGAUUCCUUGGCCAUAAAACCUCCACAGCAAAUGUCACGGAAAGAAAAAACUCAUCAUAGAAAAGAUGAGAAGAGGAAAGAGAAGCGUCGACACCGUAGUCACUCAGCAGAAGGGGGGAAACAUGCCAGAGUGAAAGAGAAAGAACGGGAACAUGAGCGUAGGAAGAGACAUAGAGAAGAGCAGGAUAAAGCCCGACGUGAAUGGGAAAGACAGAAACGGAGAGAAAUGGCAAGGGAGCAUUCCAGGAGGGAGAGAGAUCGUUUAGAGCAACUUGAGCGAGAACGAGAGAGAAAAAUCAGAGAGCAACAAAAAGAACAAAGGGAGCAGAAAGAACGAGAAAGAAGAGCUGAAGAAAGGCGUAAGGAAAGGGAAGCCAGAAGAGAAGUUUCUGCACAUCAUAGAACAGUGAGGGAAGAAUAUGGAGACAAAGUAAAAAUGAGACCCUGGAGCCGCAGCCCAUUACGACAACAAAGAGAAAAGCCUGAGCAAGCAGAUAGCAGGAAACCAGUAAAAGAAGAGAAACCAGAAGAGAGAGAUCCCCUUUCAGACUUACAAGACAUCAGUGACAGUGAGAGAAAAACCAGCUCGGCAGAGUCUUCAUCAGAAUCUGGGUCAGGCUCAGAAGAAGAGGAAGAGGAGUCUAGCAGUGAAGGAUCUGAAGAAGAGGGAGAGGAAGAGGAGGAGGAAGAGGAGACGGGAAGCAAUUCUGAGGAAGUGUCUGAGCAAUCAGCUGAAGAGGUGAGUGAAGAAGAAAUAAGUGAAGAGGAAGAACGGGAGAAUGGAAACCACAUCCCAGUUGUUACAGAGUCGAGGUUUGACCGAGAUUCAGCAGCAAGUGAAGGAGAAGAGGAGGAGGCUGGGGAGGGAACCCCUCAGUCCAACGCCAUGACAGAAGGAGACUAUAUCCCUGACUCACCUGCUUCCUCCCCCAUUGAACUGAAACAGGAGCUUCCGAAAUACCUUCCUGCACUUCAGGGAUGUCGUAGUGUGGAGGAAUUUCAGUGUUUGAACAGGAUUGAAGAGGGAACAUAUGGUGUGGUCUACAGAGCAAAAGACAAAAAGACUGAUGAAAUUGUGGCUCUGAAGCGACUUAAAAUGGAAAAGGAAAAGGAAGGCUUUCCCAUUACUUCUCUUAGAGAAAUAAAUACUAUUCUGAAAGCGCAACAUCCAAAUAUUGUCACUGUCAGAGAAAUUGUUGUAGGUAGUAAUAUGGACAAAAUCUAUAUCGUAAUGAACUAUGUAGAACAUGAUCUCAAGAGUCUAAUGGAAACAAUGAAGCAACCAUUUUUACCAGGUGAAGUGAAAACCUUGAUGAUUCAGUUAUUGCGAGGAGUCAAGCAUCUUCAUGACAACUGGAUCCUUCACCGAGACUUGAAAACUUCCAACCUGUUGCUUAGCCAUUCAGGCAUUUUAAAGGUUGGCGAUUUUGGGCUAGCCCGAGAAUAUGGAUCUCCACUGAAGCCUUACACCCCUGUAGUUGUGACACUUUGGUACAGGGCUCCAGAAUUGUUGCUUGGUGCCAAGGAAUAUUCAACAGCAAUAGAUAUGUGGUCAGUAGGCUGUAUAUUUGGAGAGCUGUUAACUCAGAAACCGCUGUUCCCAGGGAAGUCAGAAAUCGACCAGAUUAACAAAGUUUUUAAGGACCUGGGUACUCCAAGUGAAAAAAUCUGGCCUGGUUACAACGAGCUGCCAGCUGUAAAGAAGAUGACAUUCACAGAGUAUCCCUAUAACAAUCUGCGCAAGAGAUUCGGAGCACUCCUUUCUGAUCAAGGGUUUGAUCUGAUGAACAAGUUUUUGACAUACUACCCAGCCAGAAGAAUCACUGCCGAAGAUGGUUUGAAGCACGAAUAUUUCCGAGAAACUCCCCUUCCUAUUGACCCCUCCAUGUUUCCCACAUGGCCAGCAAAAAGUGAACAACAACGGGUGAAACGUGGCACUAGCCCCCGACCACCUGAGGGAGGCCUUGGAUAUAGUCAGUUGGGUGAUGAUGAUCUGAAAGACACAGGUUUUCAUCUAACCACCACAAAUCAGGGAGCAUCUGCUGCAGGACCUGGCUUCAGCCUCAAGUUCUAAACUCACCAUGAAGAAACAAACAAACAAAAAAACCCCAAACUGUUCAUGUGAGUGGAUUUUUGAGUCCUCCAGUUCUGUUCUUCACAUCAGGGAGACUGGAGGCCUUUUAC